AUGCCAAAGGAAGGCGAGAAGGACCCCUGCCCAGAUUAUUGCCAUUGCUCUGGAAACAGAUGCGCUCCCAAACCAUUCAAGAUUACACCUAAAUGCCUUGCUAUGGACUUUGAAUGUCCAUAUGAUCAUUGGUGUGAUGUUGUUAAUGAGGCCUGCGUUCCCAAGCCAGAUCUUUUUGAGUUCUGUGAAUUAGAUAUUGGAUGCCGUCGUCCUUAUAUUUGUUCCAAAUACUCGAAGAAAUGCAUUCCACCGUGUAGUACCACUGAAGAGUGUGUUUCUCGCUAUGAAAAACAGGCAAAUCACCCGCUUGUAUGCCACGUACCCAAAGGAGGGGAUCUUGAGAAGCAUGGCUAUUGCGAGGACUCUAGAGAAGAUUUAAAAGACAAGAGCUCCAUGUCAUUUAUUUAUGACACGGUAUCGAAAAUGGUGAAAUCCGUCGUAGGUGAGGACAAUCAAGACACCGAGGAUGAUGAGGUAGUCAUCGACAAGUCCAUCGGAAGCACCGUGCAUCCGGUAAUUUCCAUCGGCGGAGAAAGCAAUCUUCCGUCCGGCUUUAACCUAUUUCUUAUUUUUGCUGCAUUUGGGUUGCUCUAUUACUUUUAUUACUAUUUUGUUCGUCUACGGAAACACGCCUCUUUUUAUGGAGGUGCGUUUCGCCCUUCUAGAUUGAAUAGAGGAGCAAGCGGUGGAAAUGGACAAAGAGAUUAUCUUGUCUCCAAAUUAUCGAAUAGCUCCCAUGAAGAUCCUAUCGUUGAUAUUUCCAAAGACUCCCAAAAUUCGGUUCAUGAACGCAAGUCACUGCUGUCAAAUCCUCCUCCAGAAUAUACUCCAUCGGCCUUGUCAGAAAAUGGAAAACAUUCCUCCUAUUACAAGCAACAAAGCAAGAAAUUGCCUCUCCAUUUAGUAUCGUUUCCUUUAUCUUCUCUAGUUGUCGCUGCCUCUACCAAUCGGAUUGUUCUUUGCAACUUGGAAAACAAAUCCAAUACUUCCUUUCAACUGCCAGCUGUUGGAUCAUCUGCUUUAGCUUCUGCGGGUCAGUCUGAAAGCACCCGUCGAACUGUGAACACCGAGGAGGGCAAUGAAGAUUCUGAUUAUGAUGAUGAUAACCACAUCGAAGAGGAGGGCGCCUUGAAUUGCUAUAUAAAAGCACUACACUGUCAAUCUGUUGAUGGGACCAUAUUGAUUGCCGUUGCCGACUCCCUGAAGCGAGUUUUUGUUUAUGAGCAUCGUGAUCUUGUUGAAAACAGGGCGCCUGCUAAUUGCCUGCUUUUCAGUGCCAGGCUUCCUAAAGCGAUCACAAAGGUCUUGAUAACCCCAGAUCACAAGCGAAUACUUGUUGGUGACAAAUUUGGCGAUCUGUAUUCCUUUUUGCUUGCAAUGAAGACCGUUGAUGUUGGGGAGCCACCAUUUAAUAUGGCCAAGUCCCCGCAUCUGCUAUUGGGGCAUAUUUCGAUCCUUACCGAUAUUGUAGGUACCCUUUUGAUGCUUUCUUAUCGUAGGUUCUGGAUUCGUCGCAGGCUUUAA